AUGACUACCUUUCACUUCAAUGGUCAACAUCUAGAUAAUGACUUAGUGACAUCAAUAUCUUCCCUUCUCGACGCUUUUAACAUCCCGAAUCUGCUUUGGGGUAACUAUCUGUUAACCGUCUACGGAGUCCCGACGGUUGUUGAUCCACCAUAUAAGCACCUGCAUAUCGAUGAUGAGUUUGCGAUACUGUUGUACAAAAAAUCUGAUGUGCUGUGGGAAUUUCCAGAGUUUGAGGCUGCUUUCCACGACACCAGUGCGGACAUUAUGUUCGCGUCUGACGCGAGGCUUCCUCCAGCUACUUUAGGUCGCGGUCGAGGGCACUUUCCACACCUAAGUUCCGUCCGAAUCCCUAGCCCCUCGAGAUACUGUGAGGCUCUUAUACUCUUGCUUUGUCGAGAUUACGGAACUACCCGCGAGACUUACUGGGUGGCAAUUUUGACGUAUAUGCUAGAGUUCGUUGAUGGGACGGACAUUCUUAAUGAAGGAGGUCUGACAGAGGGGCAUAAACAGUUUUAUCAUGCCCUAAAACUGGGCGAUCCAACUAUGUAUCCAAUACUGAAGGACCUCCACCGUGACUUUCUAAAGCGGCGGCUCCCGCAAGUCAAGCAAAAUUGA